UAGCAAAGAAAACACAAAAUAACCAGGAUGCAGACAUACAAGGUGGUGGUGAUGGGCAGCUGUAGUGUGGGCAAGAGUGCACUGACCAUCCAGCUGGUCAAGAACUGCUUUGUGUCCGACUAUGACCCCACCAUUGAAGACUCCUACCAUACCCAGUUGGUGGUGGAUGGCGAGACCUGCCAGCUGGAGAUCAUAGACAGCACGGGCAACGAGGAGUACCAGUCCCGGCGCCAGCAGUUCAUGCGCCGUGGGGAGGGCUUCCUUUGCGUGUAUGCAGUGGAUGAUGUGAAGUCUUUCGUGGAUGUGAACAUCUUCCGUGACGAGCUGCUCAAGGUGAAGGAUGCUGACCGUGUUCCCUUUGUCCUUGUGGCCAAUAAGACCGACCUGACCGAUGGCCUGGUGACCUCAGCGCUGGGUCAGGAAGCGGCCAGCAGCUUCAAGGUCCCCUUCGUGGAGACCUCAGCCAAAACUCGGAAGGGUGUGGAGCAGGCCUUCCAAGAGCUGGUCCGAGAGAUGCGGCGGUCCCACAAUGAGGAGCGCGAAUGGCAGCCUGAUGCUGAGCAGAAUGGCGGCUGCCGCUGCGCAAUCCAGUAA